AAUCAAAGUGAUAAGUGAUAGUGGACAGUGAUAGGAUCCAAGGAUGAUGAUGCGAAUCGGCUCAAGGCAGACUGCUUCUGCCCCUCAAUUAUCUAGUAUUUCUCUUUCGUUACACCUGUAGUGACUGUGUGUUUCAUGAUUUUUCUCUUGUUUAUGUUCUGCUAUAAUUAUUGUUUUCACGGUGCUUUCCGUGGCCCCUUUUUCAUGAAAUUCGAUGCUUAUGUUUUCCUCUCUUUAUACUAUAUUUUUCUUCGCGUAUGUGCCACAAAAUGUGUUCAGAAAGCUUCACAAAAGCUUUAUAAAUGAUUUUACGAAAGGAACUAAAUUGACUGCCACAGUGAAUUAGUGUAUAAUAAAUAUGAAUAAUGGUACGGAACAAAAUGUCAAACAGCUGCGUCGGACAAAGAGCGUCGCAUGUGCAGAAGAGAUUCAAAAACAGGAGACGCAAUUAAGAAGUGCUCAACCAGAUAAACCAUGUCACAAACCAAGAGACUCUCUAUUUUCCUGGUCAUCAGGGUUUGGAAACUUCACAGGAUUUGUGAACUGGGCAUUCCUACUCUUGUUCAUGGGUGGAACAAGACUUUUUUUGGAGAACUUAAUAAAGUAUGGAAUCAGAGUCGAUCCCGAGCAAUGGCUCAUAGUCUUGACUGGCCGCAAAGAAGGAGGACCAGAGCAUCCCUCUCUCGUCUUAUUAUUUUAUGCUGUUGUGCCAGCCUUGACAGCCCUGUACAUAGAAAAAGGAAUGGCUUUCCACAUCAUCAGUCAGCAGGUCGGAAUGAUCGCUCAUGUCGUAAACAUCACAAUUCUAGUGCUUAUUCCAAUGGUGUUAAUCCAUUCAUAUUCCACAUUAUUUAGUUUAAUUGGUGCUAGCGCAGUAUGUUUUGAAUACUCAAUUUUGUUCCUAAAACUGUGGUCUUAUGCGCACACAAAUGCAUGGUGCCGGAAUGACUCUAAAACCAGAGCAUUUAUCAAAUCGCAUGUUCGGCGCCAGAGUUUAUUCUUCAAUAAUGCCGAUUUUGCAAACUUCAGCAAUGGUGUUCCGGAAUCAAAAAUUGUAGUGUAUCCAAAUAAUUUGAAUGUCAGAGAUCUUUUCUAUUUCCUGUUUGCACCAACUUUAUGCUACGAAUUGAACUUUCCCCGAACGGGUAGAAUAAGGAAAAGGUUUUUAGUGAAACGAUUGCUAGAGGUUUUAAUUGGUUUACAGGUUUUGGCUUCAUUAUUUCAACAAUGGAUCAUCCCAUCUGUAAAAAACUCUUUGAUUCCAUUUUCGAACAUGGAACCGGCCAAAGCCACUGAAAGACUACUGAAGCUGUCGAUCCCAAAUCAUCUUGUAUGGCUGAUCUUCUUUUACCUGCUUUUCCACUCGUUGCUCAAUUUAGUAGGUGAAAUAAUGCACUUUGCCGACCGGAAUUUUUAUCUGGACUGGUGGAAUGCCAACAAUAUUGAUACCUUUUGGAGAAGUUGGAAUGCGCCAGUUCAUAAAUGGGCUGUCAGGCAUUUGUACCUUCCUUUGAUCGAAAAAGGCUUCAGCCGGAAUGUUGCUACUCUCCUAGUUUUCUUUUUGAGUGCAUUUUUUCAUGAAUAUCUUGUGAGCGUUCCAUUACGAACAUACAAAGUCUGGGCAUUUGCUGGAAUGAUGGCUCAGAUCCCACUAUCAAUGUUCUGCCAUCAAGUGGAGAUUAGAUUCGGUCAGCGAUGGGGCAACAUCAUAGUAUGGGCAUCUCUGAUCCUCGGACAGCCGCUUUGUAUAAUGAUGUAUUACCACGAUUAUGUCAUCACCCAUUUUGGUCAGUCGUUGCUGGACAAGUAUGGUCAUGCCUGAAGUCUUGAGUAUUCGCCUUACCGGUUUCAUAUCUUUUUUGCUGAAUCGAAUUUAAUUUUAAGUGGUAUUAACAGCUCUCUAAGAAUGGCAUUUUAAGUAUCAGUUUAUCCAAUAAGUACACUGAAUAAACGCACUGGCAGAAACUGAAUCCACAGGUAUAUAUCAGAGUUCAGAAUGUAACACUUGGACUUGACUGAAAAACGCUGAAAAAUGUGUGAGAAGCAUGAUACAGGUUUUUGGGUCAAAAAGAUGGAAAUGGACCAAGAAUAGAGCGGAGCUGGAGUAUUUAAAGGGAGCUUAAUUUUAUGAAUCAUGCCAUUCGUUGGCUCUCUCUGAUUGGAAGGUUUUACUCUUGGUUGUCUCUGAUCUUGUCGAUCAAGUCAUCAUCAUAAAACUGAUAUUACUGGAUGAAGGGGUUGAUACACUGAAUUUGGAAUGAAGAAGAGGCUAUAAACUUGAAUAACUGAAAUGAGCAAAUAUUCAAUAAAAAGGAAAUGAAAAAAUCGGGACAGAAUAGUUAAAGGGAAAUGUUGACACACCUCUCGAGGAACUAUUAAGGCUUCAGCCAGUGGAAGUCUUGAUUAAAAAAUCAUGCCAUUUAGCCAAUAAAUAGUAUUGUGCCCAGUUGAGAAAGAGUAAAUUGCAUUAAUCAGUCUGUCGGCAUCUUAUAUCUAUUUUGGAUGAAAUGCCCUUUUGAAAUAAAUAGGUUUUUCCAAACUAAUGUUUAGAUUUCACUUUUGCUUAGUUAAAUAUGAUAUUACCUCUUAUUUCUGAGUAAAUGAAACAAUGCGUUUAGGGCAACUGAAGUAAUAGACAUUUUCUCUUUGAAACCAUGAAGUGUUGCUACCUUUAUCUUCUCAUUUGAGAGGAAGAAGUGAACGAUUUUCUGUUUCCCGUACAAAAGAAUGUACGUACUUUUUAAGCGUCAAAUUUCUCUUUUUAAAAUGCAUCUUUACCAGGCAAAUCUUAGGAAAUUUCUACUGAAAAUUUUGCUGAUAUCUCUUCUGAUUUUAUGCGAAAAUCAAAAAAUUUUAGACAAAAACUACACUGGUACAUUUUCCUAAAAAUUUAAAUGCUUUAGUCAAUUUUGCAACCUUUAUGUUCCUUCAUCUGGGAAAUGACAAACUGGUGAAAGAGGUGCAUCCUUGCAAUGCAUGAAUAUGUUUUAAUCUUUUUUCAUGUUUCAACAAUGCAACGAUGUAAUAUUUUUUCCUUGAGAGGGUAUAUUUUGAAGAAACUGCCUGUAACCUCUCUCAUAGAGUUUCCAGGAAAAUUAAAGUAAGUUAAUAUUGUUCCAAUCAUCAAUUGUUGGUUCUGAUGCCAAGUGGUUUGCAAUUUAUCAGUAUUGAUUUUCUUUGCAGUGGUGCCCUUACACUUGCACUAACCAUGAACUUCAAGUCUACUGUAGAGAUUUUCUUUGUUUUAAUUUAUAUAAUUCAAACUACUUAAAAUACUUCAAACUUAUGCAAUGGACAUCGAUUUGUUCGAUAAUCGCCCCCCCCCCCCCUUUUUUUUCUCUUUGAUACAUCUUCCAAAUUUUUUAAAUUUUACAAAGUCCAUUGGGACAAAAUUUCAAUCUCACACUCAUAAUAAUUAUUUUUAUAAGUGUUUAUUUUAGUGCAAAAUAUAUCAUUUUUUUUACAAAU